GGUCGACUGGAAGGGAUCUCUGGUGCGCAGCAGCUGUUUAUUUUCCGUGUGAUUGUCCGGCUUGCGAAAAUCUUUGAUUUUCACUGAAAAUUCCCGUGAAAAUGCGUCUUGUGGCAACUGUGGGCCUUCUUCUGGCCCUCUGCGUGACCCUGGUGCCUGAAUCAGAUGCACAGAGUCGUGCAAAGACGGGUUCCGGGCUUGCGGACAAGGUGCAACAGCUGCUGGAUAUGAAUACAAAGAAAUCCGUGCUGCGUCUCAAUGGGCAGACAUUUAAGGAUUUCGUAAAGAGCCCCCCGAGGAAUUACUCAAUUGUGGUUAUGUUUACUGCCCUCUCUCCGUCCAGGCAGUGCGUGAUCUGCCGGCAUGCCCACGAUGAGUUCACCAUUGUGGCAAAUUCGUAUCGCUUCUCACCAGCCUACAGUAGUCGCCUCUUCUUCGCCAUGGUGGACUUUGACGAGGGUUCCAGUGUGUUCCAGAUGAUGCGCCUCAAUACCGCCCCCGUUUUCAUGCACUUCCCCGCCAAGGGGAAGCCCAAAGGGAGCGACACUAUGGACAUUCAGCGCGUUGGCUUCUCAGCUGAGGUCAUUGCUAAGUGGAUUCAGGAACGCACAGACAUCCAAAUCCGUGUGUUCCGUCCACCAAAUUAUUCCGGAACUGUGGCUGCUGUCAUGCUUGCCGCCCUUGUGGGGGGAUUCCUCUAUUUGCGCCGGAAUAAUCUCGAUUUUCUCGCCAAUAAGCAAAUGUGGGGCUUCAUUGCAUUGUUCUUCUGCUUCGCCAUGGUGUCCGGGCAGAUGUGGAAUCACAUCCGGAGCCCACCGUUUGUGCAUAAAAGCCAAAAUGGGGGUGUUUCCUACAUUCACGGAUCAUCCCAGGGGCAACUUGUCAUUGAGACGUACAUCGUCAUGUUCCUCAAUGCUAUGAUUGUUGCCGGGAUGAUUCUUCUCACGGAAGCCGGGUACAGCACAGAUGCACGGAAGGGGAGGAUUAUGGCCAUUGUGGGGCUCUUCCUCGUUGCCGUCUUCUUCUCACUCAUCCUCUCUGUGUUUAGGAGCAAAGCUCAAGGGUAUCCCUACAGUUUCCUCUUCAAGUGAUUUUCCAUCAGGGGGCGAUUUUGUGAUAAAUUUUCCACCGCCAAUAAGAAUUUAUAGCGAUGAGAGGAAUAAAGUUAUCAUUUCUCAAACACCCAAAAA